AUGGGUCCCGCGUGCGAAACGCCCUGGUGGAGCAUGCCCGAGAUUUGCACACACUGCGGCGGAGGCGAUGUGGAGCCCGAGGGUCGAAGGGUACUGGUGCUCUGCUCAGCCUGCUUCGCUGCUGGGACGCAUACGGGCUGCCACGAGGACGUGACUGGCGAGCCGCUGUCGUCAGAAAUUACGCAUGGGGAUGGGUUAUACUUUUGCGGCAAGGAGUGCCAGCGGAGCUACGAGGCGCUCGAGGCCGCGACUGGGCGUCGAUCUCGCAUCCGAGAUGAGCCCGAGCAGUACACGUUUGAGCUGGUGCAUUAUAAGCAGGACGACAGAACUGUGAGGUCAGCGGUGGAAACGGCCAUGCGCAUGUUCCGGACCAGCUUCGCUCCGCUCAUCAUGGAGAACGGACGGGACCUGCUCGAGAUGGUUUGUACGGCGUACGAGACACCUGACGAGGAGGUGGAAGAGGAAGGUGGCGGCCACAACUUCAGUGCUUUUCGUCUGGCAAUCUUGCGAAUGGGCGGCACCAUCAUCACGGCAGCAACGUUAAGAGUGUUCGGGAACAAGUUCGCCGAGAUGCCCUUCGUCUCAACCAGGGAGGGGCACCGACGGUCCGGACAUUGCAAGCGGCUGAUGAAGGCGGUUGAGGAUCUUCUGUUGGCCGGCGGAGUUCACUGUUUGGUCAUUCCCUCCAUCAACGAGCUGCUACCCAUGUGGACAAACAAAUUCGGAUUUGCGAAAAUUGCCACCGAUGAGGUCGAGGGGAUUGAGGACUGGAUCGUCGACACGGACCGGGACACGUGCACGCUCGUAAAAAAACACAUCCUGCCGCCAGGUCAGCCGCAGCCGCAGCCGCAGCCGCAGCGGAAGCUGCCGCCCGUCACGACUGCGUCUCAGCCGCAGCAGACGUUACCGGCUCCACCUACCGGUGCUGCCGGUGCUUUGUCCAUCAGGCCCGGUCCCGCGGCCCGGGGAGGCGCUCGCGCGUCCGUGAAAAACUCACGGAAGCGAGGUCGGGCGCCAAAAAUCGUGCUGUCCAAGUCCCUAAGACGGAGCUACAGCGACUACAGCGACGAGGAUGAGUCUGAGGAGGAGAGCUUAAGUGGUAGUGAUGGCGACGGGGACGGCGGUGGUAAUGGAAAGAGGCGAGGUGGCGGGCACCACCGACCCGGGGGUCGCAGAAGCAGCGGCGGCGGCAGCGGCAGGCAUCCCUCGCGUCGCAGUCGCCGCGACUCCGGCAGCGAAUCGGAUUUUGUACCAGACAAGGAAGAGGAGGAGGAGGAGGAAAAGGAGGGCGGUUCCGGAGCGGACGAGGAUUUGGUCCCCGAGGAGUCUCUGGCGGGAGGCUCCGCUGGCGGCAAGUGCGCGCGGGGCGGCAAGCGUGCAGGCGGUGGCGGCGGCCGCAGAUCCAAAGGAAAGCCGGCUCCCGAUUCCGACGCCGCCGGGGCCUCCACAGCGGCAGCGGACCCUAAGCCCAAACGCACGCGCCGCUCCGGACCCCGGGCGCCCCGGCCCGCAGGCCCGCGGCUGUGGCCGCCCUCAGAGUCCUUGCCGCUGCACCCUGUGUACGGCACGGAGGUGUCAGUGAUCCGGAUUCCGGAGAAUCUGCGGCCUGCGCCGCCGCCGAUGCCGCUGGAGGUGGACAUGGCUCGUCCAGGCCUUCCGAACGAGCCCUUCGAGCUGUCCAUCCACUUGCAGGCCUUCAUCGCGAAGAAGGCAGCAAGGGAGGCCGCCAGGGCGGCGGCGCUGGCGGCGGCGGCUGCUGGCGGCAGCGGUGAUGCGGCGGCGGCGGCGGCGACAGCGGCUCAGUCUGGCGGCGGCGCUAUCGCCGCUGGAGUGUCGGCCACGGGCACGGCCGCAGCGGCAGCGCCGCCCAGCACCGCUGCCAUUGCCGGCGCUGCCGCCGCGGCUGCGCCGCCAAUUAACCUGACCGCCGUCACGCAACCCACGCCAUCGCCGCCGUUGCAGCAGCAGCAGCAGCAAGCGCUGCCGCAGCAACCACCACCACCCGUGCAACAGCAGCUACAGACGGAUAAACAAGGUGCGGACAAGAAGCGGCGCAGGAAGCGGGCGCGGCGGAACGAACAAGAUGGACAGCAGCCGCCGCGAAGGCACCGGGGACGGCGCCCCGCGAACAGCCCAGCUCAGGAGGCGGCGAGGCAGCGGCGGCUGAAGAUCCGGCUGGCGGCGAGGCAGCGGCGGCGGGCGCACCGCGAGCUGAUGAUGGGCAUGAUAGUCGCCGAUAUGGUCCGAAUGGAGUUGUGUCCCUUGGAGCCGCGGAAGCUGUCUGACCCUCUGUCCAUUCUGAGGGCGCCCCGCCAGGAGCAGCAGCAAAACGACCCACGGGACAUUGAACUGACCAGGCUUCGUGAGGAGCACGCGGCGCUUCAGCGCAGUCACCAAGCGCUCGAGCUCCGACUGGCCGCGGCGGAGAGCGCAUUGCAGCAGCAGCAGCAGCAGCGGCAGCAGCAGCAGCAGACACUCUUGCUGCCGCCGCCGCCACCGCCGUGGCCUCGGCUUUCGCCCCUGUCGCUGCCUCCUGGACAGCACCCGCCUGCGGAGGUAUCGCCGCCGCCGCCCGCCGCAGCAACCACGGCCGCCAGAGACUCGCCGCCGUCGCCAUGCUCGCCGCUGGCGGCGGCGCCUGACAACCUCAAGCUCGACAAGGGCAGCGAAGCCUCCGCGAUGGCGACGGCGGCGGCGGGGGCGGCAGCGGACAUUGCGGGGGGCACGGCCGCCACCCCUCUUGGCCACCCGCUCUUUUCCGGGUUCUGGUCCACGCCAGCCGCCCUGGAGCACCGCCGCCCGCAGGUCCUUUCCCCUUUGCCGCUGUCCCCCGCCUCCCUCCACCCCUAUGCGGCCGCUGCCUCAACCCCCUCCCUGGAGCGACCAGAUAUCACGGGAGGCCGCCGCAGUGGCGGAGCCGCAGGGGCCCUGGAGGCGGCGGCGGCGGCGGCGGGUGCGGCAAAAGCUGCGCAUAACGGUUGUGCGAUGAAUCCGGGAGCGAUGAUGAUGCGGACGCCGUUGAUUGUACGAAUUGCACGGAGCGGCGACGGCUCCGCCGGCUGCGGCGAUGGCAGCGGCGAUGGCAGCGGCGACGGUGCCGUUGCCGUUGAUGUGGAUGAUGUCACGAGCAGCAGUGCGAAUGGCAACGCGAUGAACAAGGGAGGCGGCCAUGGCCCCGGCAGGCCGCUUGAAUGCGAGGAUGGCGGUGGCGGAAAUGAAGCGCAGGAAGCGGAGGAUGGAGGCGGCGGGCGCAGCGUGGGUGGCACCGCUGAGAAGCGGCGACCGGCAGUUGAGUGUACGGAAAGUCUUGUGACAAUGCAAGUUGAGGGCUUCAGGACGUUCGAAGCCCCGGCGGAUGGGCCUUCAAGCGUCGUGCCGCUGGACGCGGCGGUUGGCACUUCCGCUGCGGCGGCAAUGGCGGCAGCGCCCUUAGCGGCGCCGGCGAUGGCGGUGACGGGGAUUGUGCGCAGCGGAAUUUCGCCGCCAUCGGAAGCGCCAGGCUGCAAAUCGGCCGCUGCUGCUGCAGACGGUGCCGGCGGCGCCGACCCAGCGCAUGCCGCGCGUCUGGUGGAUGAGGCACCAACGGCAGGCUUGGAUCCAGGCGCCGCCGCUGCGUCAUCAGUACGACAGACCUCGUCCGUCACCCUUAACAAGGCUUUCCGUACUCAGCUUGACCUCGUCAUCCUGGCGGCGAUUGGGGCGGACGACACUCCACCGGAUGGGGAGUACGCGCAGCGCCCACCGCGGCCGUUGCCGUCGCCGCCGCCACCGCCGCCGCCGCCGGCAGGCGAAACUGUCGUCCAAUCCUCAGUUGAGUUUCGUCCAGCUGAGGUCGCGCCAGGUGGCCUCCAGGAGGACCGUUUUGGAAUGAAGACCGGUACGAACGCAGCGGAGGCGGAUGACAAUGUCUUGGCAGCGGCGGCGAAAUGCAACACGGAUGAUACUGUUGCUGCUGCUACUGCCGCCGUACCGACUGGCUCCGUCCGUAUCCACACCUUUUCAAUCGCCGCCAAUGCCGCCGGUGGCGGAGGCACGGCCGCUGCCUGCGCACCUGGGCCAGGUGACCCCUGCGCCAGAAGCCCCGUCAGCGGCGGCGGCUGCAGACACGGCGACAAGAGUCCGCCGACGACGCCACCGUUUUCCUUGGCGGACCUUUCUCAGCACGUACGUCAGUCUGUUCUGGCGUCAGGCAGACAGCUGUACGGCUCCCCGCCAUCCCCCACUCCCGACACUGCCGCCAUCGCCAUUCCAAACCGUGGGGAGGUCGAGGGCUGUGGCGGUCUUGCUGAUAGUGCUGCCGAUGGCUGCGUCAACGGUGGAGUCGUACAUGGUGGUUGCGGCGGCGGCGGUGGCAGUAGCGCUGGUGGCGGCUGUAUUGGUAACAUGCAAACGCAAGUCUUGCCUAUUACGACGCUAUCUCAAACUGCAUUGCGCCUGACGACCGACACGCCACACCCGUGGGGGGUCCGGCGACAGCUGGUAGGUCUUAUGACUGAUCGCACCGCCGCCGCCGCCGUCGCCACGUCGCCGCCACGGCGACACGGCGGCGCCAGCGCGAUUGACGACCAAAUGGAGCCGCCGCCUCCUUUUGACGGUCCGCCCGUCUCAGCCCCACUCAGCCACAACAGCCUCGCUUCCAGCAGCUGCGGCAGCAGCAGCAGCGGGGCAGAUGACGGCAGUAGCAUUGUCAGUCGGAGCCGCCCACGGAAGCGACGACUCGUCGUGACGGCGUCAAACGCGGCUGCCGGUGCUGCCCCGGUCUCGAAAAAACGGAUCGGAAGCAGCAGCAGCAGCAGCAGCCUCAGCAGUGGCGCCGGCGGCGGCGGUGAAAGACCCUCCAGCUGCUAUCCCCCGGGGGCUGCAGCGCAAAGGGAGACGUCCGCAACAACUCCAAAUGUCAGAAGCGCAUGCGAGGCGGAGGGAACGUAUGGCACAGCGGCGGCAAGUCGAGGCUGCGGCCUGAGCUGCCAGAAUGGCUCUGUCUUCGUUGGCUCUACAGCAGAUUGCGCGCUGGAUGCCGUCGAGGCGGCGGGUGUGGGGCAACUGACGGCCAUGGCGGCGGCAGGGACGACCGGCUGCUUCCCCACCGCUGCCGUAUCUUCUCCCAAUGCCGACGGAUCCCGACCGCCGCGGCCACCUGCCCAGCAGCAGCCACAGAGCCAACACCAACAGCAGCAAGGGCCGACGGAGGGAGAGCUGUCCACGUCGUCGUCAGUCGUAGCGCCCCUCGCGGGCGCAACGGAUCUGGAACACGGACGGGCGCCGGCGGCGGCGGCGGCGGCGGCGGCGGCAGUGGGGCCAGCGGAUGCAAUGACGGCGGCAGCGGACCAUAACGCCACAGAUUGCAUUGCGUCGCCGGCAUCCCUUCGUCGCUUCGAGUUGUCAUGUCUGUACCCGCUACUACACCACGUCGUUGCCGUACUUCUGGCGGACACGCCAUCGCCGUCGCAACGGCGGAAGAGUCCCCACUUUCAGGAUGGCCUCUCGACUGCACGGCGGAGGCGGCGGCAGGGCGCCGCCGGCAGCCCCUUGGGAGAGGGCGGCGACCUAGGCCCGGAAGCUUUGAUGGUUGCGGCCGUAGCGGCGGGUAGCACUGCCGAUGCGGAAGCGGACGGGCUCGGUGGCUGCGGCGGCGGCGGCGGUGGCGAUGGAUUAGCGACAACGCGGCCGGCAUUAAUGGCGGCGUUUGAGGCCUGCGCCACGGCAGCGGAAGUAGUCUGCGGCGCGGCGGAGGAAGCGGAGGCGAUGGCGGCGGGAGCGUCGACAGGUACCUCUGCAGCUGCAGCUGCUCAGGCGUUUACUCCGGGGAUGGCGGACGGGUCCCUGAAUGCUGUCCCAUUAGGGUCGGCAGCAGCGGCCGCGACCUUGCUAGCGCCUGUAAACGCGCAUACGCCACUCCUACUUCAACUGGAACUGGCGGGCACCGCUGCGGCUGCUGCUGCCGGUGCUGUUGCGGAGGACGUUGACUGCUUUCCGGUUCCAGAGCCCGUCAUUGGGACGCCAGACGCGGGCGGUUUUGAGGGCAGCACCGUCGCCGCCGCCGCCGCCGUUGCUGGCGGCGGCGUGGCAGGGGCUCCGGCGCCGCCGAUGCCUUCAAGCUCUGGCCGCCUCGCUAUUGUAUCUAGUCCCGCGACAGGACCUUCUUCCGGGUCCCGGGCAACGAGGUCGCCGGGGCUGAGGCCCACGAUGGCCGUUGCUCAUGGCGGCGGUGGCAGCACCGGCUGCGCCACUGUUGACGUUCUGUACGGCAGCCCCGCGUUACCCAAGCAUGGCGGACGGCUUGUAAUGCUUGCUGCACUAUCCGGCGCUGGUGGUGGCAGCAUGCGGGAAGCCUCUGCUGUACGGCACGUCGUAGACCCGUACGAUGCGGUAAUAGCUGAUGAGGGCGCUGUGACCGUGGCGGAUGACGGCGGUGGAGUUGACAAGCCCCGCACGUCAACUGGUGCAGCAGUUGCCGCAACAUCUGCCGCCGUCGCCGCCGCCGCCGCCAUUGACAUCGUCGGCGGCCGCACUAGCCCAACCGUUUCCGCAAACGGUAGCGCUGGGGCCGCGGGGCGGAGGACUUACAGCGGCAGCCCUUCCGACGCCACGACGACGGCCGGAUUGCUGUUCCGGAAGAAGCGACUCACCCGACGGAAGAAAACCGCAGUAGACCUCUUCGGGGAGGACAUCGUCCUCAGCGCCAGUGCGCCCUCAGACUCACCGGACUCCACACCGGGGAGCUCUUCAGUGCCGCCGCCGACACCCAACAGCGGCGGCAGAGAAGAACAACAAGCUGACGGCGGCGGGACUAAAGCUUGCUGCAGGACAAUAGCCCGGUCCGCCGCCGCCGGGGAGGGCGCCACGACCGCCGCGAUGCCGGCACUGAAGGCGGCCGCAGCCCGUGGCCUGGAGUUCGGGCCCGCUGCUGUGGCCGGGGAUGAGAAGGCUGAAGGCGCCGCUACUGUGAUUGCUGUCACCGGCGUCGCUGGCGGCGCACCUGCCGCUGGACAGGGCUUGGAUAGCGGCGGCAGCGGCGGCGGAGCUGCCAGCAGUAGUACGGCACCUGACAAAGACCCGACGGGUUCAACUUUGGUCAUCGCAACGAUUCUCCCGUCGGGAAAGCCUGCCGUACGGACGGUGAGUACCGUUGCCGCCGGAUGUAGUUCCAAUGCCGUUGGUAUCGUCGUACAGACGCCGGCGCCGGGGGCCCAUCCCUGUACGGCAGGCGCAACUCCCGUUGCCACCGGCGGCACCGCCGCUGCCACAAGACCAGACGACCUGAAGACCACGACGAGCGCAGCGGAAGGUCCCGCCUCCGCCUCCGCCGGCGCUGUCGCUGCACGGUCGCCGCCGCACCCGUCAGGGGUUCCGACCGCAGGCCAAUACAAUGCCACUGGGUGUCGGGUUCCCGACGGCGGCGGCGGCGGCUCCAACGGUGGGGGUUCGUGUAAUGGCGGCAUCGGCGCUGAGAAUGCGGCCUCAGAGGAGGCGUUGUUGGACUGGCUGGUGACGGGGACUCCGCCAGAGGAGGAUAUUCUGUUCGGCGUGACGGAAGGCAGGGAGGGUGGUGGUGGCCGGGUCGCCGGCGGCCGCGGCCGCGGCCGCGGCCGGGCUCGGGGCGGGGCCCGGGACCGCAGCGGCGGGGUGUUGGAUAGUCCUGUGAGCAGCAGCGCCUACCUUGACGAACCGCUGCGGUCGCUGUUCCACACCAUCGAUGCAGACAUGGCGGCCGAGCGGUACGAAGAGAUUGCCACGUCAGCAUUUGGCGGCAGCGCCGCCGCAACAACGGCGGCGGGGGGCCCGGCAGCAGACGGCGGCGGCAGCGAGCUGGCUAGCCAAGGCAGCCUGUACGGUCAGGAUCAACAGCUUCAGGUUCGUCGGCGCCGGUGCCGCCGGCAGAUACCCGUACAGGAGCAUGCGCUACCAUCGCAGCCGAUGUCGCAGGUAGCACAGCAGCAGCAGCAGCAGCAGCUUUCGCCUUUACGUUCAGCACCCCAGGCCGUCUCACGGGCUAUCAACGGCCCAGACCCGCAGGGAGCUGGCGUCCAGGCGGCCGACGCGGCUGCUACUGGCGCGGCACUCGGGGCUCUCGACAGCCUGGCGGAGUUCUGCGGCCGGGUGGGAAGCGAGGGACCCACCAGCGAGGAUGUGGGACUCGCCAGACAGGGCGUGUCGGCGCUCGUGGAUAUGCUGGUGCAGGACUGA